AUGGUCGUCGAUGUGGGCGCGGUGAAGUCCCCAACCCGAGGCGCGACCAGCGACGAGGCAGCGCGUCCUCCCGCGCCGCCCGUGGACCCCAUGCAGGACGUAACGCCCACCAGUAAUGGGGCCGCUCCGAGCGCAGAGCCCGCGCAGCAGAGUCCGCCCCAGUCCGCCAAUUCGCAGCUCGCCGCGGACCGAGACGCGCAGCCCACGCCCUCAGGAGCUUCGCCGUCCGGCUCCUUGCCACCCGCGCAGUCGCAGACCCCAGCCGCUUCCGCGCCGGCCUCCGCGCAGACGGCAGCCAAGGACGACACUCCGACCAAUGCGGGUGGCUACGGCACUCGCUCGCGCAACCGCCCGAGUGCCGCUCGGAUCAACUACGCCGAGGACAUAGAGAUGGAUUUUGAAAUACCUGCUGCUGUGAAUGGCAGCAAUGGAACCUCCUCCGAGCGCACCACUCGCAGCCCGGCCGCCGGGACAGAUGCUGGCCAAUCCCCUGCACCGAACGCCAAGAAGCCAGCUCCAACCACGAAUGGGACGCCUGCCGCAACCGCUGCGACCAAGGACCCCUCAAUUCCCGGCACCUUGACCUUUUCCGCGAACCCAAACGCGAAUGCCGGGGCUACUACGCAGGGAAAGAAGAGGAAGGCGGGCGGCGCGCAUGCAGCCGCAUCCACCAACGCGACUCCCCCGGCCGCUCCCACUUCCGCCGCGUCGCGGCGAAAGGACACGGCCAUCGCAUACAACAUGAUUCGCGAGACGAACAUGAUGACCUUUGAGAAGUCCGGUUCGAGGUUAAAGCGUGGGAAGCUGGAAGCCGAUGAUGGCACUGCACUUGCAAUUGAUGAUCAUGCCUACCUCGUUUGUGAACCCCCUGGGGAGCCGUACUACCUCUGCCGGAUCAUGGAAUUUCUGCAUGUAAACAGCGAGAACCCCGCAUCUCCAGUCGAUUCUAUACGCGUGAAUUGGUUCUAUCGGCCGCGCGAUGUGCUGCGCUACAACAACGAUACCCGCCUGGUGUACGGAACCAUGCAUUCAGACAUCUGCCCCCUUACUUCUCUCCGUGGCAAAUGCACCAUCCGGCAUCGCAGCGAGGUCGCCGAUCUCGAUGAAUUCCGCAAGAACAAGGAUUCGUUCUGGUACAACCAAGUCUUCGAUCGAUUUAUCCACAGAUGGUACGAGGUCAUUCCCGUAUCACAGGUCAUCAACGUUCCCGAAAAAGUCAAGAGGGCAUUAGACGAGAGAUGGAAGUUUGUCGUUGUAGAGACAAGUCGCGUCAAAGAGUUGACCAGCGCAGUGAAAACCUGCAAGCGCUGCUCCCAGUACUGCGCUAACAACGAUUCUGUUGAAUGCGCCGUUUGCCACAACACUUACCACAUGAACUGCGUUCGGCCACCGCUUCUGAAGAAGCCAUCGAGGGGCUUUGCCUGGGCUUGUGGUCCCUGCGGCAGAGCACAGGAGCGGAAGCUGGAAGCGCGGCGAACGCCGCUCGUCGGUGAGGCCGCAGCCUCGCAGGAAGAGGAGGAACCGGUCGACGAGGAAGAAGAAGAUCCUGGCGCGCUGAUCAACACAACCGCCCCGAGCCCCAAUAGCUCUGACGCUCCGGUCGAUGACCAUCCAGCAACCCAAGCCGAGAUCGCAUUGGCAAAAAUGUGGCCUAUGCGGUACCUUGGAAUCCAUUGCCGUGUGGAAGACGCGCUGCAAUACGACGACCGUGCUAUUUACCCCCGCGCAAGCUCACGUCUUGGCCCGAGGCACCAAGCGAACGUCAAUGUGUGGCAUGGCAGGCCAGUCGAGCUCGUCAAACCAGCAGAGAUCAGGAAACGUUACAACAAGGGCCCGGCUCACAAAAAGGACCCGAAGCUUUCGAAGGAGGACCUAGAAGCUGAUAAGGCGGAGAAGGCCAAGAGACCGAAGUGGGUCCAAGAUGAGCCAGUGGGCUACGUGCGGCGCGGCGAAGAUUAUCCGAACGAUGACCCGAGGUGCACAGCUAAGACGUUAUUCACCAUGCCUCCAGAGUCUGUGCGUGGCGAAGACGAUGCGCCCGAGGACCGUGAGAAGCUCAUCGACGAUUACAUGUCGAAAGCCAGGGCGGAAGCUGCCAAAAUUAUUGGUGUCCCGGAACACAACACCAACUUUCUCACCAAAGCCAUCGAACUGCUCUACGCCAACAACUACGACUCGGCUGCUGCGCUCGAGCAACUUAAAAAGAUCAACAAACGAAAGGAUUUGAGGGAGCCGGAACCGAACAAGGAAGAGAAAAAGCGCUUCGAAGAAGGUGUGGCAAAAUAUGGCUCAGAGCUUCGGAAUGUUCGCCUCCACGUCAGGACCAUGUCUCACGCAGACGUCGUCCGCUAUUACUAUUUGUGGAAAAAGACGCCUAAAGGGAAGGAAAUUUGGGGCCAUUACGAUGGUCGAAAGGGCAAGAACCAGAAGGUUGCUGCUGAGUCCUCCACGUCGAAGCUCGCCGACGACAUCGCCGACGAUGUGGAUGAUUCAGCAUUUGACGUCGGAAAAGCCGAGCUACGCAAGAAACACUUCGUGUGCAAAUUCUGCUCAACGAAGAUGUCACGGCAGUGGCGCAGAGCUCCCGGGGUCGCACCAGGCCAGACCGUACCCGCUGACGGUCGCAGCAAAGAUAAGGGGACACAGAUGAUCCCCGCCCUUUGUCAGCGAUGCGCUCGCCUUUGGAGGAGAUAUGCUAUCAAAUACGAGGAUGCGGAGGAGCUGAUCAAGAAGAUGUCUGCAGCGGGCGGGAAGAAAUGGAGGAAAUUGAUCGAUCAGGAGCUCAUGAACGAAUUGAAUGCCGCCCAAAAUGCUCCUCCAGAGCCAAUUCCCAGCAUCGAACCCGCCGACCCUCAAGCGCAUGCCACAACAGAGCCUCCUCGGAAGAAGCAGAAGGGUGUCGCCGACAAGGACUCUAGUCAGCAUACAUCAGCGGAGCCUCCGACCAAAAAGAAGGCCACUGCUGCUCCGCCUAAGCCUCCGACGCCCCCACCACAGCCAGUCAUGCCAAAGAUGCGGGAGCUUCCUUGUGCCGUUUGCCUGCAGAUGGAGCCUCUGGGCGACCAGCGCCUUGUGUGCAGAGAAUGCCGACUGACUGUCCAUCGCCAAUGCUACGGAGUGACCGAGUCGCGGUCCGGAAAGUGGGUUUGCGAUCAGUGCAAGAACGACAAGAAAGAGGUCGUGUCUUACACGUACGAAUGCGUCCUCUGUCCUGUGAAAGAGACUGAGCAAGAGUUGAUCGAGCCCCCAAAAGUGUCUCACAAGAAGAAGUCCGAUAAAGAGCGGGAGAAGGAGCGCCUUGAGAAGGAACUGCGCAUUCAGAAGUUAAAGGAGUAUCAGCAACAUCAGCGAGAUAAGGGACGACCGGAACUCCCUCGCGAACCACUGAAAAAGACGGCUGAGAACAACUGGGUGCAUCUGUACUGUGCGGUCUGGACUGCCGAACUGAAGUUCACCAAUCCCAGGAUCUAUGAACUAGUAGAGGGCGUAGGCACCCCGUCGAUCAAGUACGACCAAGUCUGCAAGAUAUGCAAGACUUCAAAGGGUGCUUGUGUGGCUUGUCAUCAAUGCCAUGCAUCCUUCCACGUGGGAUGUGCUCAUUCAGCAGGAUACAUUUUCGGAUUCGAUGUUUCACCGGUCAAGAGUACCCGCCGGGACGCGGUUCCAACGUUCACGCUGGGCGGAGAGCAUGGGUCAUUAGCCGCCGCAAUCUGGUGCAAGGACCACACUCCCAAGGGCAUAGUGCACCCUCUCAACGAGCCCGUGGACGAAUACGGGAUGACGGCUCUGCAGCUCUAUGUACAGAACUACAAGCAAGCCGACCAGACGUUGACGGGUACUGCUCGCAAAGCCAAUCUUCUGGACCAGUUUACCAAGAGCAUCGCGCCUCCAGCGGCAGCUACGCCAGUCAACCGUCGGACCUCAAUUGUGCAAGGUGGCACGAGAUCAGCAAGGAACUCCUCGGCCGGUCUACCGAAAACGGAAGAACCUGAUGAGAUGCAGAACGGCUCCAUUGCCGACGUCAAGGAGGAAUGCAAAUGUGAGAUCUGCGACAUCGGGGUGUCCCCUAAGUGGUGGAAGGCCGAGGACUCUCAGGAUGCAGCUGCUGUUCCCGGAGCGAAUCCUGAUCAGCCGAUCAACACCAUCGAGAGUACAGCAGGCUCGUAUCAAUCUGAGGGCCCAAGGUUUCCGAACGGUAUCAUUCAUAUCGACCAGCCUGGAGUCGCCAAGGAGACAUUGCCCAAUGGAAAGGUUAUAACGUCAGAUGGCGUCCCGAUUCCCCGGCCAGGUACUCACCUCUGCAACAAGUGUCAUUGGCGGAGGAAACACAAGCCGGAGCUGCUCAAGCCGGCCAAAAAGUCUCCCACACCGCCGCCACAGCCGGUCAGAUCUCCGCCUCGACAGUACCAGCCGCCGGCACCAGCUGCGCCGAUGCACCACUGGCCGCCAAUUGCAGCUCCUCCACAUGCAAGCGCGCCUCUUCCUGGAUGGGCAGGGCACCCGCCGCCACCACCACCACCACCGAUCAGCAACGGAGUGGGUCACUCGCCACAGCCCGGUGCGCCUCCUCAUGGCGGGCCAAUCCAUCACCCGUACCACCCUGCAGUGACGACGCAUCAUCCCCCAAGCAACGGGUACCCGCCUUAUACGGCGCCAGCUGGUGUGCUUCCUCCCGGGCAGGCCGGUGCGAUACGCUCGCCCUAUCCUCCUCCGGCUCCCACUCCGCUGCAUCACGCAAACUCUCCAAUGCUCGCAGGAUUGCCCAACGGGAUCCAUUCCCCUCACACGGGGCCGUAUGGCUCCCCAGCGCCGGGCCACAUCCCGCCGCCCAGGCAGACAGAAAGUCCAUUUACGCUGUAUGGGGCGUCGCACAACAGCCCCGGCCCGCUCCACACCAGGCCGGAAACGCCUCGGGACAGCACGAUGCCACCACAGGCACAAGCUCCGCCGCCACCGCCGCCACCGCCGCCUUCGCUACCGAACGGGGCGAGUGGGGCCAGCGCAAGCCCCAACCUUCGCAACUUGUUGCAUUAA